AAAGCGUAGAAACUGAACACGUAAUUAAUGAAGAAUAGAUGAUUUGGGAUUUAAUUUUUGUCUCUCAUAAAAGCUGAAAUUAUCUAAAUUUCCAUUAUGUAACUUUUAGCUUUCGACGUUAUAUCUAAGUAUUUAGCCGUGGUGAGAAUAACCCUGGAAAAUACAGCGCAUGUAGGAAUUAUAGAUGUGGUUAUGGUCAAUUUACUAUAAAAUCGUCAAUGGAAAAUAAACCUGAGGAAUUUCGACGUCACGCAAGGACGAUCCUUUGAAGAACAUUUAAAUAGCUUGAUUUCACGCUAGAUCACAUGAACUCUACAGUUUCAAUGCCUUGAUAUACAAGUUUGAUUACAAACCGGUUUUAAUAUAUGCAGAUCUCUACUCAUGACAGCCUGUUUCUAUUAAGGUGGCAAUAUCACUGCUAAGAUGGAUUUCGACGAUGUUUUACCAACUUUGGGUGGCUUCGGACGAUACCAGAUCAUAUUGUACUGCGCUUUAUUAAUACCUACAAAUUUUCCUUUGGCGUUUAUGUUCUUGAGCCACGUUUUCGUAUCCGCCACCCCUAAACAUUGGUGCAAAAUACCAGAACUGGAUGAUCAUAGGAUUGCUUUAGAUGAGGUCAAGAAUCUGAGUAUUCCUUGGGAGGAGAGAGAAGGAGAAUGGCAACCGAGUCAGUGUAAAAUGUACGAUGUUAACUAUACGAAAGUGGCUUUGGAUUAUCUGAUUAACAACGUGUCGUCUUCCAAUAAAAGUUGGCCCGUGACUGACUGCAAAUUCGGAUGGAAUUACGACAGAUCGCUUUAUUAUAAUACGCUAAUAACUAAGUGGGACCUCGUCUGUGAUGAAAGUUGGAAAAGUUCACUUGCCAAUUCCAUGUUCUACGUUGGUGGCGUCGUUAGUCAACUUUUGUUCGGUUACGUCAGCGAUAAGUGGGGUAGGAAGCCAUGUAUGUUCAUUAUGCUCUUCUUCACCAUUUUAUUCGGAUUGGCGUCUUCUUAUUCACCUAAUUACACGGCGUACAUUAUAUUUAGAGGGAUCUUAGGUUUUACCUGUGCUUCGUGUUAUCUCACCCCCUUUAUUCUUAUUACAGAAUUAACAGUACCCGAAAAACGAUGCAUUAUAGGGAUGAUCUGCGGAAUAUUUUUCUCUGUGGCUCUAAUCGUAUACACUGCAGCAGCAUAUUUAUUAAGGGAUUGGUUUUACAUAUCACUUAUGUGUAGUGUGCCAUUUAUACCAAUUUUAGCUUAUUGGUGGUUUGUUCCGGAAUCACCGAGAUGGCUCGUGAGCCAAAAUCGCAUCGACGAAGCCGAAGAAAUCGUUCAGAAAAUUGCUAAAGUUAAUAAGAAAACCAUCGAGAAGGAUUUUCUAAAGAAAUUCCUCCAACAGAAAAAGAAAGAAGGCUACGAAAGCCAAACGUUGAGUUCAUCGUCGUAUUUAGAACUGUUAAAAUACCCAAAUAUGAGAUGUCGACAGUUUAUUCUGUGCUUCGAUUGGGCAAUAAUAUCUUUGGUGUAUGCUGUCUUGGUAUACAACGCGAUGAACAUGAAGAUCGACGAUUAUCUUGCAAAUGCCAUUAACUCCUUUUCGGAAAUACCAGGAGCUCUGAUCGUCAUGGUAGCCAUGGAUAAGAUUGGUAGAAGAUUAAGUCUCUUCUUGUCCAUGGGAAUUGCCGGAUUGGGGUGCUUGGGUGUGAUGUUCUUCCCAGCAGAAUAUAUCUGGACAGCCAUUGUUCUAGCAAAUAUAGGCAAGGCUGGUAUAACGGGUGCAUUCUGUUUAGUUUUUGUCUACGGAUGUGAAUUAUUUCCUACAUCUUUACGAAAUUCUGCAUUGGCUUUGCCUUGUUUAAUGGGUGGAAUCGCCAACGUUUCUUCUCCCUUCGUAUUACUCCUGUCCAGGUACCAAAGAACUUUACCUCUUAUUUUAAAUGGAAUUCUGUGCAUAGCAGGAGCAUUUGCGGCACUGAUUUUGCCCGAAACAUUAAAUAAGCAUCUUCCGCAGACCAUCGAAGAUGGAGAAAAUAUGGGAAUAAACAGUUGUUUUAUGUUCUGGAAAAGAAGAAAAGAUGUGUAUAAUUUAGACAAAACGAUGAAAUAAACAUUACAAGUAAAUUUUUUAAGAAUAAAUUAUCAUUAAAAAUAUUCCUAAUUUCCUCAUUUUUACUACUCAUAGAUAUGUAAUAAAUUAUCACAUUUUAAAUUAUGUUAUUAUUAAUUAUUCAAUUAAUUAAA